UUUCUGGAUGACAAUCAGAUCGUUACCAGCUCUGGAGACACCACCUGUGCCCUGUGGGACAUCGAGACUGGCCAGCAGACGACCACGUUCACUGGACACACCGGGGACGUCAUGAGCCUUUCGCUCGCUCCGGACACCAGACUGUUUGUCUCUGGUGCUUGUGACGCUUCAGCCAAACUCUGGGACGUGCGAGAAGGGAUGUGCCGGCAAACUUUUACCGGCCACGAGUCUGACAUCAACGCCAUCUGUUUCUUCCCAAAUGGCAACGCAUUUGCCACCGGCGCAGACGACGCCACCUGCCGGCUGUUUGACCUCCGUGCGGACCAGGAGCUCGUGACUUACUCCCAUGACAACAUCAUCUGCGGGAUCACCUCCGUCUCCUUCUCCAAGAGCGGACGCCUCCUUCUCGCAGGGUACGACGACUUCAACUGCAACGUCUGGGACGCCCUCAAGGCCGACAGGGCAGGGGUCUUGGCCGGGCAUGACAACCGCGUGAGCUGCCUGGGGGUAACUGAUGACGGGAUGGCCGUGGCGACGGGGUCCUGGGACAGCUUCCUCAAAAUCUGGAACUAACCCUGACAGCAGGUGGACGCCACAGUGACUGGAAGACCAUUCCAGCCUUGGAGCGUUGCAGAUAGCAUUUCCCAUCCACCCCUACUAACGCGGACGCCCUGCACCCCUCAGAACUUCAAAAGGGCAAGACCUUCCCCUCACUUAUUGCUGAAACCAAGAGCACAAUUCCCACUGAGAGAAGAAUCUCUGUGCUGUAACUAAAACGAAUCGUGCAUUCCUU